UUUUGAACCUCGCAGAGCGCCGUUCUGACGUCACACCAAAACAAGAAGCUGCUAGCGCUUACCUGGAUACUUGCUAACACGAAGUCACCUCAAUAUGUCUCAAGAUGCUUGGUUACAGAACUACGACGCGACGUGUCGGCUGGCGCAAGACAUAGCCGAGAAUAUACAUGAACGGUCAAGACUACAGAGAACCGGGGGCAACCCGGCCAAGAUCAACAUGACACUAAGAGCGUCAUUACAGAAGCUCAAGCAAAACAUCUCCCAGCUGAAAGAGAGUCUGCUACGAGCUUCAUCGUCCCGCCGGAUAAUGCAGUCAGAGGCUGACAGGAGACAGAACCUAGUAGAUGACCUGGUCACCAGAGAGAAACAUCUCAACGCCACCUUCAGAGGAGAGGUCAAAGAAGAACCUUCCAGGACGACGCUCAUGUCCGGAGCAGGGGGCGCUGGUGGCGGCGGCGGAGGAGGAGCGGUCAACCCGUGGCUGGUCAACGAAUCGGAGGAGACCAGGGGCCUGAGCUUCGGGGAGAUCAAGCAGCAGCAGCACAGCAUCAUGGAAGCCCAGGACGCUGGCCUGGACGCCCUGGCAGCGGUCAUCAGCCGGCAGAAGAUGAUGGGCCGGGAGAUAGGCAAUGAGCUGGAGGAGCAGAAUGAAAUCAUUGAUGACCUCUCCCAUUUGGUCGAUAAGACUGACGACCGGAUUCGCAAUGAGACGCGGAGGGUGAAGCUGGUGGAGACCAAGUCUGCGUCCUGUGGCAUGCUGGUGGUGAUCGUCCUUCUCUUGAUAGCCAUCGUGGUGGUCGCUGUGUGGCCCGCCUAGUCUCUGGGCCCCCUUCAUGGUGGAGCGGAGGGGAUGGUGCCAUUUUAUCCUGACUAUUAAACCCAGGCAAACACACACAGACACACACACACACACACACAGUCAGGCACACACACACACACACACACACACACACACACACACACACACACACACACACACACACACACACACACAC